UGACAACACUGGGCCGGCCGCCUGGUGAGCCUUUCAUUUGGCUUCACAUGCAGAGGCCGUCUGUGUGCUAUCCAACAGUUUGCCGUGAGCUGGACGUUUCCAAACUUCAUUCCAGUGGAUCUGUAAAUGAAGUCUGUGCCGGACAGACUGUGGGAGCUGACUUGUGUGAUGGCACAGGACGAGGGGAAGUGCUCGGACACAGAAGCCCUGAGUCAAGGGGACAAAGACUAUGAUGACAUUUUGGAGCUCAAUCAGUUUGAUGGACUGCCUUAUUCCUCCAGGUUUUACGGAUUGCUGAAAGAAAGGAAAGAGCUGCCAGUGUGGAAAGCAAAAUGUGAAUUCAUGGACACUCUAGCCAAUGGCCAGUUUGUCGUUGUCAGUGGCUCGGCUAAAACUGGGAGAAGCUCUCAGAUUCCCCAGUGGUGUGCUGAAUUCUGCCUGUCAGCCCAGUUCCAGCAUGGCAUGGUGGUUUGCACACAGGUUCACGUGCAACAGGCCGUAGACCUCGCCCUGAGGGUGGCUGACGAGAUGGACGUCAACAUUGGUCAUGAGGUUGCGUACAGCAUCCCUUUGGAAUCAUGCUGCACGAACGACACAGUCCUCAGAUACUGUACAGACGACAUGCUCCUGAGAGAGAUGAUGUCGGACCCUUUGCUUGAGCACUACGGGGUGGUUGUCGUGGACCAGGCCCACCAAAGGACCGUGGCCAGCGAUGUACUCCAGGGCCUGCUGAAGGACAUCGCCCUGCAGAGGCCAGAGCUCCGCGUGGUCCUCCUCACCUCCGCCGACCCCGGCCCCGAGCAGCUGGCCCACUUCACUGGAUCAGCUGUGCCUCUGAUCUGCCUGGAGAGCCCCGCAGCAGGGGAGGUGGUGUUCAGCAGCACGGGCGACGGCUACUUCUGCUCUGCUCUCCGUCUGGUGCUGGAGAUCCACCGGUCUGAAGAGGAGGGGGAUGUGGUUGUGUUUCUGGUGACAGCACAGGAGAUAGAUCUGGCCCACAACAUCCUGAGUCAUGAGAGGCACAGCUCACCCCCUGAUCUGGGUGAGCUCCUGCCUGUUGCCGUCCACCCUGGCCAGCCUGGGAAUCUACCACUCGUGGGGGAGGAGGAGACAGGCCGGCCCCGCAGAGUAUUCCUCACAUCCAGCCCAAACGAGGACUUCUUCUGGGCUGUCAGCACAAUUAGCUUUGUCAUUGAUGCCGGGCUUGAGAAAAGAUUUGUUUACAACCCCAGGAUCAGAACAAACUCGGUCAUCAUCCAGCCAGUCAGCGCGGGUCAAGCCGAGAGUCGCAGACAGCUGGCGGGUCCAACAGGCAAGUGUUUUUGUCUGUACCCAGAGGAGAGACAGCUUCCUGCCGAGACACGGCCACAUAUCGUGGAGUCCGACAUUACCUCCACUGUGCUCUUCUUGAAGAGGAUGGAGAUCGCUGGGCGUGGCCACUGCGACUUCCUCGACAGGCCGGAUCCUGGAGGCCUGAUGCAGGCUUUGGAGGAGCUGGACUACCUGGCAGCUCUGGAUAACGAUGGCAACCUGUCGGAGGUGGGCAUCAUCAUGUCCGAGGUCCCCCUGAAGCCGCAAAUGGCCAAGACUCUGCUCGCCUCCUGCGAGUUUGACUGUGUCAGCGAGGUGACAAUCAUUGCUGCCAUGCUUACAGCACCUUCUUGCUUCCUGGUUCCCUCUGUGGACCUGAAGCCAGAAGCGACCCAGUGCCACAUGAAGUUCCAGCACCCAGAGGGAGACCACUUCACCCUCAUCAACAUCUUCAAGGCCUUCAAACAGUCCCAGCUGGAUCCACACGGGGAUGAUGAAAAGUGGUGUAAGGAUUCCUACCUGAACCACACUUCUCUUCUGAUGGCUGACGCUCUUCGCACGGAGCUCACCGACACUCUGAAGAGGAUCGAGCUGCCCGUCUCAUUGCCAGCAUUCGGUUCCCGGAGAAACACCUUCAACGUCAAAAGAGCCCUGCUGGCAGGCUUCUUCAUGCAGGUGGCGCGGGAUGUGGAUGGAUCAGGGAACUACUUCAUUAUGACCCAUAAGCACGUGGCACAGAUCCAUCCUCAGUCCGGCUACGGAGCCAAGAGCCCCAAGCUGGGCCUGCCCGAGUGGGUGCUGUUCCAUGAGCACUCCUUCUCCGAGGACAACUGCCUCCGCACAGUCUCCCACAUAAGACCCGAGGAAUUUAUUCAGAUGGCACCACAGUAUUUCUUCUACAACCUACCACCGAGCGAGAGCAAAGACAUCCUCCAAAAUAUUUUGAACCGUGGAGCCUCCCAUUGCCAAGAGGUGACACCUUCGACCUCCCAACAGGCCCCACAAGAGGACCAAAGCAAUGACCAUUGCACUAUACAGUGACUGACUGAUCCACUGUUCCCAGUGGUGGUGAUGAGAUAACCACUAGUGAUAACCACUGGUGAUGACAUUUAUUGCACUAUACUGUAUAGAAUCACUUUGUGUGGGUGGUUGUACAAUUCAUUGUAUAGUAAUUUGUUUCUUUGCAGUUUCAUCUGUGCACCUCUUCCUUCAUUUGUGUCCCAUCAGAUUCUGUAUUAUUCUGUCUUAUGUUGUUGUUUUUCUGUUCAUUUUCAGUAUCUGAUUAUUUGGGUUUGCACUUAAUCCUCACACUCAACAGAACAAUCUGGUAACUAUAUUUUUAAGGAUAAUUUUCUUAUACUUUAAAAUGUCAGAUUCAUUGUUUUUUUUUUCUACUCCAAUGGGGGUUUCAUUUGUACGUUUUCUGUGGCUCCACAUCCUGCUCCUUUUCACAUCGUACCCUCAGUAACUGUCCAGCAGUCAGUCACCCACAGCAGCGAGAGUCCAGCCUGAUUAAAUGAGGUCCCGGGCUAGUUUGGGUCGCGCUGCAGCUCCAUCUGCUGUUGUUACAGCUCAGUAACCGUGGGGGUGACAGUGUUCACUGACACUGUAUUAAAAACAUCAUAUCUUCUCUCCUCAGUGAUCGGGCGGAGCGCUGUAGCAUGAACCGAUGAGAGAAACCACUUGAAAUCUUUUCAUCUGACAGUUUUGUUUCUUUUCUCAAGAAAAGCCGCUGUGCAACGUCUUUAAAUAUCUUGUUAAAUAAACUGAAAACUAGCUCAUCAUGUUAGAUUGCACUAUAUAUUUGUCAUCAAAAAAUUAUGAAUAAAAUACCUCCACUGAA